AUGGAUAGCACAUUCGUUCGCCCAAUAGUGAUAGAUGAAAAUGUGACACUGGAUAUCCAUCAAGAAUUGGAAACUGACGUUGGAGGUGUGGUUUGGGACAGUGCUUUGGUAGCUGCUCAUUAUUUUAUUAAACACAAAACGAAGUACAGUGGAAAGAAGGUACUUGAACUGGGUUCUGGAACAGGUAUUUGUGGUCUCACAUUAGCUGCUCUGGCAGCUGAUGUAAUCAUUACUGAUUUACCUCCACGUCUACCGUUGCUUGAGAAGAAUUUCGAAGCCAACCGUUCCAAUUGUAUUGGUUCAGUGACAAUCCAAGCUCUCGAUUGGUCUGAUCCUGGUGCAGUUCCCGACGUAGAUGUUUUAUCUUUUUCUGGGAGUAUGUAUCGAGAUCCGGCAACAUCCUCGAACUACGACCAGAUCAAAGUAAUACACUAUUCCCUUGAUUGGAAAGUGGACUUUGUGGAGAAGAAGAUCACCGGAUCGAUACUAAUGACGCUAAAAGCCUCAACGCACGUUGAUAAAGUUAUCCUCGAUGGCAACAACUUGUCGAUCUCUUCGAUAAAGAUGAAUGGCCAGGACCUCAAAUACAACAUUGAGAAGGGAACUCCAAUUGGAGACAAAAUAAUAAUCCAUACUACCUCGCUGUCAGAAGGACAGGAAGUGAAAAUCGAAAUCAAAUAUUGUACCGCUAAGGAAGCAACGGCUCUUCAGUUCUUAGAUAAAGAACUCACGGCUGAUAAGAAGGGGCCUUAUUUAUUCUCGCAAUGUCAAGCAAUUCACGCCCGCUCUGUCAUGCCGUGUAUGGACACACCAUCAGUGAAAUCAGUCUACGAUGCACACGUUAAAGUUCCAUCUGGUUUGAUAUGUCUCAUGAGCGCUAUCGGCAAAGAAGUCAAGGUGGACGGUGACGCAACGACGUACACCUUCAGUCAACCUGUUGCAAUUCCAUCUUAUUUACUAGCAAUUGUUGUUGGGCAUAUGGAACGUAGGGAGAUCAGCUCGAGAUGUGCAGUCUGGUGCGAACCCUCUAUCGUUGUCUCUGCAAAGUGGGAGUUCGAAAGCACAGAGAAAAUUCUUCAAGUAGCGGAGCAAAUAGCGGGACCGUAUCGAUGGGGAAGGUACGACCUCGUCGUGCUGCCACCGACUUUCCCCUUUGGUGGAAUGGAGAAUCCAUGUUUGACAUUUGUUACGCCAACUUUAUUGUCUGGAGAUAGGUCUCUUGUUAAUGUUGUAGCACAUGAAAUAGCUCAUAGUUGGACUGGUAAUCUCGUAACUAAUGCCAGUUGGGAACAUUUUUGGUUAAACGAAGGAUUUACAGUGUUUCUGGAGAGGAAAAUCCAUGGCAGACUGCAAGGUGAGCCUGAGAGGCAAUUUGAAAGUGAAUGCGGAUAUGACGAAGCUCUCACAGUUGCAGUGAAGACAUUUGGCGAUUCUCAUGAAUUUACAAAACUCAUUCAGGAUCAGCGUGGUAUUGACCCUGAUGACGCUUUUAGCUCAGUGCCCUAUGAGAAGGGUUCUGCUUUUCUCUUCACUAUCGAGCAACUCUUGGGUGAACCAGAACGAUUCGAACAAUUUCUUCGAAAAUACAUUGAAAAAUAUGCGUAUCAAAGCAUCACAACUGACGUUUGGAAGAAAGAGCUGUAUUCAUUCUUCGCCGACAAGAAAGCUGUUCUCGAUACAAUUCCCUGGCAGAAAUGGCUCCUUGAGCCAGGGAUGCCACCGAAGCCCAAAUAUGACUCUCGAUUAAUGGAAGCUUGUCGCAGCUUGGCUGCUGAAUGGACUUCAGCACCAGACGGUGCCCCACCGGCCGAAUCAUCUGCAUUCGAGAAAAUGUCACCAACUCAAAAAGUUGCUACUCUGGACAAAAUUCGUCUGAGCGGCAGAUUCACAGCAGCAAAAAUGCCGGCGUUGACGUCGAGCUUCAAGUUGGAUGAGGCAAAGAAUUGUGAACUGAAAUUCAGCUGGUUGAUGCUAGGUCUCGACACACAAUGGUCACCGAUUAUCCCAAAGGCUCUGGCCUUUGUGCUAAGUGUAGGGCGAAUGAAGUUCUGCAAACCGAUCUACAGGUCGUUGUUCAAUUGGCCAGCCGCUCGUGCCUCCGCUGUUCAGCAGUUUGAAAAUAACAGGAAGAACAUGCAUCCGAUCACGGCUGGUAUUAUUGCUAAAUUGUUAACUUAA